UGUGGAUAGAUAUCUCCUCCGAUCCUUUGCCUAGAGACAAAGCCAAGUCACCACUCUGGCAACUGCCUUGACAUCCACUUGGAAAAGAGAGAUGGCGUGGAAGCCGCCAUGUCCAUGUGGUUCUAGGUGCUUCUUCUUGGUGUCGUUCCUCGGCUUGCUGCUUGCUGAGGCUGUCCAUGGCGCAGGGAGUGAGGCGGUCGCCCCGCCGACUACGAGCCUCGUUCCAGCUGAAGGGCGCGUUCUUCGCCGGAUCGCGGCCAGGCUCGUCGUGCCGCCGCGCUGGAACUGGAACUUCACCGCCGGUCCUUGUGACUCCAAAAGCGACGAGAUGAACUGUGUGCGGUAUGACUGCUCCUUCUCCAACGGCACCGCUUGCCAUGUCACCGAGAUAUACCUGAAGGGGCAGAACUUCUCCGGCGAGCUCCCGCCUGACUUCGCCGACUUUCCCAACCUCCUCCAGCUACAUCUAAGCAGGAAUUUGUUCCAUGGUGGAGUGCCUGCCCAGUGGGCCCGGAUGAAGUUACAGGGACUGGUACUCAAUGGAAACAGAUUGUCAGGGCCGUUUCCCAUGGUUCUCACGAAUAUCACAACCCUAACUGACCUGGAGAUAGAAGGCAACGAAUUCUAUGGGUCAAUCCCUCCUGAAAUUGGACGUCUCAUUCGAAUGGAGAAAUUAAUAUUAUCAGCCAAUGAAUUCACUGGACCCCUUCCAGCUGCUCUUUCCUUGUUCAGCAAUUUAACUGACCUGAGGAUUUCUAGCACCAAUUUUUCUGGAAGGCUGCCUGAUUUUUGGGGGAGAUUGAAAAGGCUUACAACAUUGCAACUUGAAGGAUCUUUGUUGAAAGGGCCAAUUCCUUUCAGCAUAUCUGAAUUGACAAACCUUUCUGAUCUGAGGAUUAGUGAACUGAGAGGUAGUGGAUCAGCUUUCCCCAAUUUACGUGGAAUGCAAUCAAUGAAAAAAUUGGUACUUAGGAAAUGUUCCAUCAGUGGAAGCAUCCCAUCUUACAUUGGCAACUGGAAAAAUCUUAAACAUUUGGAUCUGAGCUUUAAUAAACUGAAUGGAACAAUACCACCUUCUUUCGAUGGCAUGCGAGGUGUAGAUUACAUAUAUCUAACUGGAAAUGAACUCACUGGAAAUAUACCUGGAUGGUUAUUGACAAGAAACAAGAUCACGGACAUAUCUUUUAAUAACUUCACGACGGGGAGUUCAGGUCCUAGCCCACAAUGCCCAAUAGAGAGUACUGUCAAUCUGGUGGAGAGCUAUUCACCUGAAAUGAACAGUUUAAAUAAUGUUUCGCCUUGCUUAAAGAGGAAUUUUCCAUGUCUUGCUUCUAGUGAUCAGUUUUCGUUGCAUAUCAAUUGCGGUGACAAGGAAGCUACUAUUAAUGGAACUACAUAUGAAGCUGACACAACACCCAAAGGGGCUUCAUCUCUGUACAUAAGCCCAGGCUCGAACUGGGCAUUCAGCAGCACUGGGAACUUCAUGGAUGAUAAUAACCCUGAUGACAACUUCAUCGCGACAAGCACAUCAAAAUUGGCCAUUCCCAAUUCAGAGUUGUACACCAAGGCCCGUCGUUCUGCUCUCUCGCUCACAUAUUAUGGGCUUUGUAUGUUUAGUGGGAGCUAUACAGUUGAGCUCCACUUUGCUGAAAUUGUGUUCACAAAUGACAGCACGUAUUCUAGCCUUGGCAAAAGAAGAUUCAACGUGUUCAUACAGGGGAGAAUGGUGCUCGAGGAUUUCGAUAUCGAACAGUCAGCCGGUGCGGUUGGAAAGCCAGUAAUCAAGACCUUUCAAACAUAUGUCUCAAAUCAUACACUAGAGAUUCAGUUCUAUUGGGCAGGAAGAGGGACAACAGGUUUUCCAAAUAGAGGUUCUUACGGCCCACUGAUAUCUGCAAUAUCAGUAACUCCAAAUUUCCCGAUUCCAUCGGGCAAAAGCCGUUCAAGGGCAUCUAUUGCUUUAGUGAUUGGAAUACCUAUUAUAGCAGUAUUCACUGCUCUGGUUGUUGGCAUUUAUUGUAUUAAGAAGCAGAGAAAGAGUUCGAUGCAAAAAGAACUCAGAGCCCUUGACCUGCAAAUUGGCUCCUUCACCUUGCGUCAAAUCAAAGCAGCAACUAGGAAUUUCGAUACAGCAAACAAGAUUGGUGAAGGUGGUUUUGGUUCCGUUUACAAGGGUUUAUUAUAUGAUGGCACCAUCAUUGCUGUCAAGCAAUUAUCAUCAAAGUCUAAACAAGGGAAUCGAGAAUUCGUGAAUGAGAUAGGCAUGAUAUCUGCACUUCAACAUCCUAACCUUGUCAAACUUUAUGGCUGCUGUACAGAAGGAAAGCAAUUGUCCCUAGUUUACGAAUAUAUGGAAUACAAUUGCCUUGCACGGGCUCUUUUCGUUGAACAAUAUAAACUGAGACUGGAUUGGGCAACAAGACAUAAGAUUUGCCUUGGGAUAGCAAAAGGUCUAGCAUAUCUGCAUGAGGAAUCCGCAAUAAGGAUCGUGCACCGUGAUAUCAAGGCCAGCAAUAUACUGCUUGACAAAGAUUUUAAUGCCAAGAUCUCAGAUUUUGGGCUAGCAAAACUUAAUGAAGAUGACAACACCCACAUAAGCACAAAAGUAGCUGGAACCAUCGGAUAUAUGGCUCCAGAGUAUGCUAUGCGUGGUUAUUUAACAGAAAAAGCUGAUGUAUACAGUUUUGGUAUUGUUGUUUUGGAAAUUGUCAGUGGCAGAAGUAACACAAACUACAAGCCGAGGGAAGACUUUGUUUAUCUUCUAGAUUGGGCUUGUGUUCUACAUAAGAGAGGAACUCUCCUGGAGUUGGUAGAUCCAGAUCUAGGAUCCAAUUACGCAAUAGAAGAGGCGCUCCUGAUGCUGAAUGUUGCCCUGCUAUGCACAACAGCAACGCCGACACUUAGACCAAUGAUGUCGAAAGUUGUUAGCCUGCUAGAGGGCCACACCCCACUUCAGCCCUUCUUGUCAGACUUCAACCUUGAAGCAAAUAGCCUUAGUUCAAGUGGUGUACACGGCAACUUUUGGCAAAACCCAUGUGAGAGCCGGAGCCUGACAGCAGAAGUUUUGUGCAGCGACACCAAUGAAUCAUCAGCAUAGAUAUAGAUGUGCAUCAUGAUUCAUGAACUAGGUGUACAUGUAAGAACAACUAGUAUUAGCAUCACAAUAAAUAUACAGCAAAAAUGGCCCUCUAGGCCAUAGUUUGUGAAUUGGAUGAUUGAGCGAUAAUAUAGUUUUCGGGACUAAUGUGUUUGUGAAGUA